CCCCGCCCUGAUCAGAGCUGGUUCCGCGCCGUCGCCGCCGCGACAGGUGCAGCAGAGCCCAGCCGGCCGCGCUCCGAACGGCGCCUCCCGCCCCACCAUGGGCAACAGCGCGAGCCGCAGCGACUUCGAGUGGGUCUACACCGACCAGCCGCACACGCAGCGGCGCAAGGAGAUACUGGCCAAGUACCCGGCCAUCAAGGCCCUGAUGCGGCCGGAUCCGCGCCUCAAGUGGGCGGUGCUGGCGCUGGUGCUGGUGCAGCUGCUGGCCUGCUGGCUGGUGCGAGCGCUGGCCUGGCGCUGGCUGCUGUUCUGGGCCUACGCCUUUGGAGGCUGCAUGAACCACUCGCUGACGCUGGCCAUCCACGACAUCUCGCACAACGCAGCCUUUGGCACGGGCUGUGCGGCGCGCAACCGCUGGCUGGCCGUGUUCGCUAAUCUGCCCGUGGGUGUGCCCUACGCCGCCUCCUUCAAGAAGUACCACGUGGACCACCACCGCUACCUGGGUGGCGAUGGGCUGGACGUGGACGUGCCCACGCGUCUGGAGGGCUGGUUCUUCUGCACACCCGCCCGCAAACUGCUCUGGCUGGUGCUGCAGCCCUUCUUCUACUCGCUGCGGCCGCUCUGCGUCCACCCCAAGGCCGUGACCCGCAUGGAGGUGCUCAACACGCUGGUGCAGCUGGCGGCCGACGUGGCCAUCUUUGCCCUCUGGGGGCUCAAGCCCAUGGUCUACCUGCUGGCCAGCUCCUUCCUGGGCCUGGGCCUGCACCCCAUCUCGGGCCACUUCGUGGCCGAGCACUACAUGUUCCUCAAGGGCCACGAGACCUACUCCUAUUAUGGGCCCCUCAACUGGAUCACUUUCAAUGCGGGAUACCACGUGGAGCACCAUGACUUCCCCAGCAUCCCGGGCUACAGCCUGCCGCUGGUGCGGAAGAUCGCGCCCGAGUACUACGACCACCUGCCGCAGCACCACUCCUGGGUGAAGGUGCUCUGGGAUUUUGUGUUUGAGGACUCCCUGGGGCCCUACGCCAGGGUGAAGCGGGUGUACAGGCUGGCAAAGGACGGCCUGUGAGCCUGGGCUGCCUCCUGGUGGUGGCCAUUGUCCCCCACUGGCCCCUCGGCCUCGCACCCCAGCACUGAGAAGCUGCAUUUCCUUCCUGUGCUCUGCACUGCUGCCCUUGUCCCCGAGGAGGGUCCCGCGCAGCCACACCUGGCGACAUCAGUGUGGGCUGCAGGGCUCCGUCUGCACAUGGACCUGCCCUGGACCUUGAGUGUGGCCCUCCCUUUCUGGGCCUCCCCGGGUGAGGCCUGGCCCUGCCCCACCAUGACCUGGGUGCUCUGAGCCCACGGUUCCCAAGGAGCUGACUUCUCUGGGGUGCCUGUGCCCUACAUUAAACCCGGCGUUUGUUUCACAGCCCAUGGAUUGUGCUUCUGAGGGGGUGGUCUGGGCUUGAGCCUGGCCCCAGGGAAUGGGGCGCUGGGCCGCCCCGAUGGGUGGAGCUUGAGGCCUGAGUACCGCUUCCUCCAGGCCAGGCCCAGAUCCUGCCGUGCACUCCUGGCUCUUUGUGGGACGGUGGCUGCUGCUGGGCAGUGCUCCCCGAGGGCCUGCCACUGUGGUGUGCGCACACACUGAAGCGUGGACAGCAGAAAGCUCACUUUGAUCAUCUGUGUGGCCCCAAAUCCCUCCUAGCAGCCCAGGGAUCCCACUGCUCCCUUGCCUGGCUGAGCCACGCAGAGGCUGGCUCCCCCAUCCCCCCGAGGCCACACCACCUGCCUCGUCCCCACCCCUUGGGCCUGCUCACCUCCUGCUCUCCGUAUGCCCUCCCGCAGCAGGGUGCAUCCCUGAGCCCAGAGAGGGUCUGUCCCCCACACCAGCUCGGAGGAGGGGCUGGAGGAGCUCUACCCAGAUCUGGCACCCAAGCCCGGGGGCUGGCCGGGCAGGUGACUGUCCUGGUGAGCCACAGCUCAGAGGGAUGCAGGCCGGGCAGCGUCCUGGGAGUCUGUGUGACGUGGGACAUGUGUCGGUCCUUUCUACAGAAGGGCUGAGGGUGCAGCUGGGACCUAGGAGGUUGUCUUCUCCUGGAGGUCAGGGCUGGGUUGGGGUGGGGUGGGUCCUGAUGUCCCAGAGGUGGGCAGGCAGCAGGAGGGGUGCCUGAGCGAGGCCCUCCCCGCCAGAGAGGGAUGGAGUGUGCCCACUGCAAGCCAGCAGUGGAUGCAGCUCCCACCACCGCCUUGGGGAAGGCGGCCUCAGCCUCCAGGACUUGACUUAGGAAUGGGGACUGAGGCUACAGUCAGGGCUUGAAGGCCUCUCCAUGAAUGGGGUGCCAGGGGCUGUCCCUGCUGACCUGGGAGAUGCAGGUCUCCCUCUAUACCUGGGAGCGGCCCCGCACAGUGCUGGCCUCCCAUGUCCCCGAGUGGGCAGCCUGCUGAGUGGCACAGGGAAGAGGCCUGAGCCCAGGACUUGUUCUGCAAAGGAAGUGCUGCUGGGCCUGGCACCAGGACUUUGAGCCGGCCGGCCCCUCCCUGUGCACACAGGCCCGCCCACAGGCUGAGGGGAACCCAGAGCACCCGCUCCUCCUGCUGUGCCUGAGGGGGCGCCUCGUCCAGCACACUUUUCUGCAGACAGCGCAGAGGGGCAUGUCCAGGCCUCACCCACAAACCGAAGGCCGGGCCCAGGGUUGGAGGGUGGCUCCGAAGACAGUCCUUAGAGCUCUCCUGGGGAGACUACAGGACUCCUGGCCUGGGGGGCGCCAGGGAAGCAGGAGAGGGAAGCUCUGAGCUGUGGUCUGCAGGCCCUGGGUUAAAAGUGCCACCAGACCUAGGCGAAGCCAGAGAGCAGAGCCUCCUAAGGGGCAGAGCAGUCAUAUUCCUGUUGCUAGGGCUGCCGGGAAGCCCAAGGAUGUGCAGUGUGCUAGGAGCCGGCCCUUGAGAUCAGAUCAGCCACUGGGUCCGCGCAGGCCAGUGCUGGCUCCCUCGGGGGCUGCUGGGCACACUGCUCUGUGGCUGUGGGAGGUCAUGUGGGAGAACUGGGGGCAUGAAUGGUCACAGGAUCUCAAGGCCUGCCUGUUGGUGGCCCUGGUUCCUUGAAGCUGAGGGUCAGAGCCUCUGUCUCUGGCUGCUGCCUCAGGACAGGGGCUUGGGACAGCCCAUUGCAGGCCAGGUGGUCCUCCCAGGAGACUUUGUGGGGCCGAGGAGAAGGCAAAGCUGCCUUGCAUUUGCCUGGUGCCUGCUGAGACCCAAGUCCAUCCCUCCCGUGAACAGGACGCUCGCAGGGCCCUGCCCGUCAGAAUGCACACGGAGUCCUGUGAGGUUCGGGGGUGUGGGCCGCACUUAAGGACCAUCUUCCUGGGGAUCCCUUAGGGAGUUCCCCACAGGCAGGACCUGAGGCCCAGCCCCAGGACACCACCUCACCCUCCCGGGGCCUGGGAACGUUCCGAGCCCAGCUUCCUGUUGAAGACCGCCAUCUUGCUCCUACGGCUCCUGGUCACCGUGGUCCCGGGCCCUUCUCUGAAAAGGGGGAUCCCCAGCCCGGAGCGUGAUGGACCAAUGCGAAGGCCUGAGCCCGAGGGUGCGGACAGUAAACCGUUUAUUACUGUGUGGACACAGACACCGUGGUGCAUGACAGACAGUUUCAACACCAUGAGCGCUGGGGACGGAGCUGUGCCUGGACAGCUCUGCGGUGCGUGGUGGCGCCACGCCGGGCCGGCUGUCACUGCCAGCUGAGGCGCUAACAGCGUCACCUGGGAGAAAACCUGGAAACCGUCUAAUGAAGCAGGUGACUUAGGGGUGUCUCUCUAGAAACCCAAAGAAAUGUACCUUAAAUAAGCAAAUAUAAAACACA